GGACAAAUAGCCCGGUUGUUAAAACGAUAUAAUUUACGAGAAGUGGUGGAACACCUGGAAAUAUAGCUGGUUUUGAAGAUUUUACAUAAUGGUAAGAUAUCACACAGCUGUACGAGUACGAUUUGUCCCCCUUGUAUUAUCACGGACUCCUUUCGUAUGUAUGUAUAGGUGAAAAGAUGGCUGUGAUGACCUAUUCUCUUUUAUGAUAUUUAGAAUAUAAUGUAUGUGGACAUUUUUGUUGUUUAAGUAAACAAAGUGAUCUUAAGGGAGAGACAUUUGUGUCCGACAUUUUGAAAGCAUCCUCUCUGUUAAAUGUCAAUUAAGUUCAAUCAUGUUUUAACACUGUCAAAGCCAGUUGAACAAAGAACUCCUGUUAGUUUUUAAUCCGCUUUCUUUAUAUUCAGAUGCGGCUAACGCAUUCCGAUAGUUGAGAGUCUAUAAAGCAUUUUCUUGUUAUUGUUUUUUCUUCUAUUUUCGCUUUGCGUUAUGUAUGGGCGGUUCUUAUCAAACUGUGUUUAUAAAAAGAAAAUAGGCGUAUCUAUUUAUGCUAAUUUAAUGAUAAAAUGGUUUCUUUUCAUUCACUGACGUCAUGAGAAACCGUUAUUGGUUGCCGAGCAACGGCAAGUCCAGCCAAUCAAAUGCGGAAUUCUUGCUGUCAAUCAUCCUUAGUUCGCGCCUAAGCGGGACGCGCCAAAUGCCCACCCACGAACGACCAAUAGAUGUUUGAUAGAAGUGAGCGAGAAUCCCACGUGUGUUUAGAGUUUUCAUUUGUGCAGUGUAGUUUUAGUAGAGUAGAUUCUAUAACAUUAUGAAAAUGGAGUCUAACGGACCGACAUCCCCUACUAAUGGGACUGAAGAAAUACCGAACGAUCCUGGGAAGAUGUUUAUUGGGGGUCUCAGCUGGCAGACUACUGCAGAAAAAUUGAAAGAGCACUUUGGUAAAUAUGGAGAAAUUAAAGAAUCCAUGGUUAUGAAAGACCCAACAACCAAACGAUCAAGGGGAUUUGGUUUCGUGACAUAUAAAGAUCCAGUUAGCGUAGAUGGGUGUUUAGAAAACGGACCUCAUAUAUUAGAUGGGAAACAAGUUGAUCCAAAAGUGGCGUUCCCAAGAAAAGCACAGCCAAAGAUGGUGACAAAAACCAAAAAGAUAUUUGUGGGUGGAUUGUCAGCACAAACCACAGUAGAAGAUGUAAAGAAAUAUUUCUCAUCAUUUGGAAAAAUAGAAGAUGCCAUGUUAAUGUUUGACAAGACCACAAACAGACACAGAGGUUUUGGUUUUGUCACAUUUGAAGAUGAAGAUACAGUGGAACGAGUAUGUGAACUACAUUUCCAUGAAAUCAACAAGAAAAUGGUUGAAUGCAAGAAAGCGCAGCCAAAAGAAGUGAUGUUGCCUCAACAGUUAGCUCGUGGUCGUGGUAUUGCACGAGUGACCGAGGACGGAGAGAUCAUCUGGGAACCUUUACCCAGUGACCUUGUUAUGCCAGAAUUGUGUUUGGUUCCAAAUGUAUUGCCGGCGUACCAAGCAGCAUAUGGUCGUGGAUUGCCGACUGCAGCAUUCGCUCCCGCAGGCUAUUACUAUCCAGCUGGUAUAGGCUCUCUGGGGCAAACUGUUGGCAUCACGCCAGCUCAGAACGCAGCUCUUGCGUUCAGUUCACGGGCUUCUACUGUUUCCCGAAUGGGGGGCUUCCCUAGUUACGGCUUGAUCCCCUCGGCAACGGAGAGACACACAUCUCCCACUGCUCUGUAUAACUUUGCUGACGUGACCACUGGAGUCCCCACUAUUCAGAGAAGCGAACCAUCUCCACUUCCUGUCUCCACUUCCCCUCUACAACGAGCCAAUGAUACACAGGCCCUGUUCACGGCCCAGUCCCAGGCACAGGCUCUAGUUAAUGCCCAGCGCUCAGCUAUGGCAUUGUCGUCCCUACAACAAGUCCCACAAGCUACCUCUCCCCUCACAAGUCGUCAGAUCAUCCCUGGGGCCAGCAGCCCAGGACCCCUUGAUCAACUGAUCUCAAUGCAGGAUCCUCUUAGCUACUUGCAGGCCACAAGCCCUCAGCCAGCCGGCUUCAGUGGGCUCAAUUUGACCAGGCCUACACAGCUGGUCAGCUUUCAGAAUGGCUACCAUUAAAUUCCAUACUCUAGACGACAGGAAGCAAGACGUUUGCCAAAGAUAACCGGACAAGUUGCUGACCUUUCUACUUUUUUUUUCUUCUUCGAAGCUUAAACCAUAAAUUCUUUAUACCAAAGACCGAUAGAUUUGCUUCUUUCUUACUACGAGACCAAAGAAUGUGUGACUGAAUUUUUCAGUCAUACUGAAGUCGAUCUUUGCUGAAACUGUCGCAUUACCCAGAAUUCUUACAGAUGUUGGAGUAUACAAUACAGUGCUGAGCAUGUUUCCGGGAUACCGGAUAAAAGUGAAGACACACUGAGAACAGUUAUCAUAAGUUUUUCUAGAUUUUCUGUAUUUUAUUCUGUAUCUGUAAUGAGGUCUUCACUUUUUGUAUCGAAUUUGAUUUAUGGAUUUGUUAAGACAUUUUGUCAAACUCACACUUUAUAUGUAUUGUGAAAUUUACAGUUUUACGUCAUCAAGGUGGCUAGAUUUACGUUGUCAUAGUUACUGUUUACACUCUGUCGAUGGCAGAAUUUAUUUGCUAUACUGUCUCGAGUUGGACUGGGAACCAGACCCUUCAGUGCAAUAAGGUUACACCUAUUGACCUUUUUGUUUUUUCUUAGGUGGAUAGGGGUGACUAUGUAUGGGAGGGUCUGACAUAGAAAGACUUACAUAAUUAUAUUAUGGAGAGUCUCAUAUAUAAAAUGUUAUAUUAUAUGCCACAAUAUGUGGCUUACUGUUAUAUAGUUAAUGUCAUAUAAUUAUUACACAUGCUGUAUGCAAAUUUAUCAGAAUUUAAAGACCUGUGCCAAGCAGGUGAAAGGAAAUGCCCCCUGUUGGCGGAAAUAAGGAAAGUCGACAGUGCUUGUGAUUGGAAUGUGUGCUUGCUAACGUUUGCUUAGCACAAGAGUUUAUAAUCAGAAAUCUUAACUUUAUUUAAGUUUAUAAAAAUGGCAAAUUUUGGCCUAAUUCGUGACAUGCAAGCGUUUGUUUCCCAGAUCAUUGUUAUAUUUGGUCUCAUUACUAUUUAGAUAGUGGUCUGUUUGUAGCUCUUGGUCCAAAAUUCCAAAGUUGUUGCAAAGUCAGUCGAAAUUUCGCUCAGUUAUUGAAUAAACAGAGCAAUCUGGCAUUAAAAUGAAAAUUCGACCAAAAUGGAUUUACAUUGUAUGUGCAUCAUUUCAGAACUGCGAUGUAGUAAUUUGAGAACUGGAAUUUUGUUGUAAAAAGGCCCUGUCAUGUGCAUAUCCAGAUUCAUCGCAGUAUCGAAAAUAAGAUAUUCGAUAGAUGUAUUGAGUACUUUAAAUUUGCAUACACCUUGUUUAAAACUCAUUAUGUAUAUACAUGACCAGAACAACUUUUUGUUGCACAGGUUUUCUUUUUGUUUGUGAUUUUUAUCAAUUUUAUUUUUAACUGGUACUUAUAUUUUUGAUGACUUUAUUUCAAGUAUUGUUAUUUUUUUUGAACUUCCAAGCUUUUUUAGAGCUAUAGUAGUGUUGUGUAGAUUUCACAGGGUCUCAAGUCUCAUUUGAUAGUGGCAUUAUUGUUGGACAUAUAAAAUAUUAAGGUGAUAAAAUUAUCGAUUGACAUUUUUUAAGGAAAAAAUAACUGCAUGCUUUAAUAGAGAAAUUUUUACUUUUGUCUGGGAAAAAUUUAGUAAACAUUAUUUGAGGGAAGGUGACAAAAUUUUUGUUACCGAGGAAAAUGGUAGUUGACAAAGACCUUAUUUUAUUGAAUGUUUUUUGAGACUUGACAUAUUUUUAGCUGUAAAUAGCACUGUAGGACCAAACAUUUUGUUUACUUCUUCGGUAGUGGCGAUAUUUUUUUAGGCGUUCAUUUUAUUAACAUUAUGCAAGAUUCAUUUUUUUUUGACGCUAUGUGAUACAGUCAUGUGACCAUUUGUUUGUGAUCAUGUGACUUUCUUCCAUUUAGUAACUAUAGUUACACACAUUUCUCUUCAUUCUGUGUGCUUUCAUUUUCUUUCUUUCUCUCGUACUUGUUUUUAUCGAUGUUUGCAUACAAUUUAUAUACUAUAGUGUUCUUACUCUUCUGUUCAAACAGUCUUAAAAUGAAUUUUUCCAAAUUUGGAUAAUUUUUUUUCUCAAGUAUAUGCAUAAGUUAUACUUAAAAGGCACAAUAGGUGUUGGAAGAAGUUUACAAAACAGAAAUACCUUAAAAAAAAUUCACCGAAUUUGGAAAUAUUCUUUUUUAGGCUUCAUCGAAACUAGUCUACUCUAGCAUUUAAACAUCAUCUGCAAAGUAAACAAAGCAUAGUGCUUGAUGUUAACCUUUUUUGUGUUAUUUUUUUUCAAAUUUGAAAGGUGCUACGACUACGCAUAAGUCUUUGUAAAAAUUAGAAUUAGUUUGAAGUUAUUUUCUAAAAUACAUACGCAAGAACAGAUACUGAGCUUUAACAUGUAGGCGAAAAGCAGUUUGGACACAUUUUAUCUUUGUGCUAUAAAUUGCAUUUGUACUGUAGAUUAGUGAAAAAUACGCAAAACUGGCCGAGUCUGUUUCUAUAAUGUGCUACGCAGAUGUUGAGAAAUGGUUUAUAUUAAAAAAAAAAAAUGAUGUAGGAGAGGUUUAGUAAUAAUUUCAGGGACUUGUUUUAGUUGCCUGUUAAAAAAAUAAUCGGGCCAGAUUGAUCAAAGUUAGUAGAAAGAUAUUUACUUUACUUAUAUUGUACAGUUUUUACUUCAAAUAACGAUAUUUAAGUGAAAUAGAAUUGAGAUACUAUGUACAUGGUGAAAAUUGACUUUUAAGAUAUGUAAGGUGAAAUCAGUUGUACAGUUUCGCUGAUUUUCAUUGGUUGCAGAAUCGGUACUGUCCUUUAAUUGGCUUUUUUUUUGGCCUUCGACUUGAACAGUAAUGAUUCUGAAAUGGAAAAUUAGCAUGAGCAGGAUUAUAUGGUUACCUCUGUCAUGUAACUGUCAACUGAUUUACACUUUUAUAUUACUCUGCCAUAUUUUUCUCCACUCUUGCAUGCUGUUCAUGACAUAUUUUCAUCGUUACACAUAUUAGCUUGAUACAUGACCUAUAUAAUCAUCGACCAUCACUGGGAUAUUUGAAAUGCGUUAAGGUUGCAAUGUCGGCCAUGUUGGAUAUAUCAGCCAUGUUGGAUUUGCCAUUGAAUUGUUUUAAAGACUGUUUGCACGUUCCAUCAUCAAUUAAAUUCCAGUAAACAAUGAUUAAUUUAAGUUUUUUGUACAGGAAGGUCUAGAACCAUUACCUUCAAAUGAUAUUUUUAUUUAAUGCUAAGCUUUAACGUUAUAUAUCGAAAACUUGAAAGCAUCGAGACAAAAUCUGCAAAAGUCGAAAUUUACUUUUGGCAUGCUGUUAUCUAUCCAACAUUGGCGAGCUUGUGGUGGGAUAUUUUAUUUGGUUUUUGCAAAAAGAGGCUAUCUGAUACUGUAUUUUUGUAUUGAGAUAACUUCUUUUUGCGCUGCAGUUGGUGUUAUACAUGAAUAGUUUAUAUGUUAGUUCUGUGGUAUCAUCAAAUAUAGUUAUUUAUUGAUAUUCAUCCAUCGAACAUAUUUCCAUCAGCUAUUUGUAUUUUUAAGAUUUUAACCUUAUUUAUGAUCUAUUGUUCUUUUUUAAUGAGAAAAAUCGGGUAUUUUACUGUUUAAUAUGUUCAAGCAAUAACCAAGUAGGUAUAUUUUUAGGUUAUAGAUAAUAGAAUUAGAUCAGCUUACGUUCUUGUUUGGAGUUGACCAAAUUACGCUCAUCAAUGUGUUCAAAGUUAGAAAUUAGACCUAACCCAACAGUUUUUUCCCAUCAUUACCCUUAGCUGAAAUAUUCAGAAACGAGUUCAGAAAUUGAAAAGUAGAUAUCUGUUAUGCUAGACCUAAAAUAGUAGACAUGUAUUCUGGCUUCUUUGUUACUCGCCCUAAAUAGUCAUCUAUCUUCUAAAAAAUAAAAUCUAUCUAGAAACUGUUAGAAUGAUAUAUUUUUGUUCUGUUUACAGAAAUUUAAAAUGGCAACAAGUCUUAAAAUUCUGAAAUUGAUUUAAGUAUCGAAAAUACAAGAAAAAAUAUAUUUUUUUAAUUAUGGACAUGAAUUCAAGUUCCACUGAUAGAUUAGAGAGGACAUGAGAUCAUGUGACAUUCCGGAUUUUAGAUAAAUAUGAUUACAUUCAGUGGGUUUCGACUUCCAAAUUAGUAAUUAUUCAAAUUAGAUAUAUCAAAUGCAUCCGUAUAUCAAACCUUGGCAGUUUUAUAGUGUUCAGUCUGUGUGAAAAUAACACGCUAGAUUUAGGCAUUUUUGUACUUUGUUAAUCCUUCGCGUAAUUUGGUCAUCUCCGACCGGAACUGGUAUUAUUUAUAGAAUUAGAUAAAUUACACGUUACAGCUGGUUUCACGCAAAUUAUAUACACAUAAUCUUAAUUUAUAUACUUGUUGAUGCAUUGUUAACACUGUAUACUGUUUUUAUCUUUUAAACCGAAGAUGUUAUUUUUAAAUGUGAUGACAUUAUAUAUAUAUAUAUAGAGUGAUCUGUGUCCGCUGUACAGAAAUAUUGUAUCUGUUGUGUUGUAGAGGAAAAAAAAUCACGUACAAGUCCCCAAAAAGUUGACCCGCCCCGAUAUUGUUGUGUAAAAAUUCUGUAAUUGAUCAUGUAUAAAUACUUAAAAUAUUGUUACCAUGGAAGCUUUGUCUUAAAUAUGUUUUUAUUAUCAUUUGAAUAAAUUUUUCCAUCAUAUAUAUGAAGUACAGUGCAUUUUCUAAUACAUUUUGUGCAUUAGUUUGUGUAAAUAGUCUGGAAAGAGAGAAAAAAAAAAGAAAAAUUCGAAAGCAAUAAGAUUCUUAAUUCAUCGGGUCUUGUCUGUUCAGGGUACUUCCAAAUGUUAUAAAACAAUUUGCACGGAAUGGAUUUUAACUGUAAAAUGGCAGAACAUUCCCAUCUUACUGUUGUUCCUUUUUGACUAUAGCAAAGCAUUGUGUUAGCAUUUUGUCUCUGCACUGUCGGAAAAUGUCACUUAAAAGUGGGAGCACUUAAUUACUGAUUGGUAUAGAGUGUCCGAAGCAACAUGAAAUUAUUAUAAUAUGUGAAAAAAGUGUGUAAACUUGAUUAAACCCAUGACUUUCAUAUAAAAAAAAAAGCAGAAAAUAUAUUCCAUAAAAGUGUGCAGAUUGGUUUUAUAUUCAAUUUUACUUGUAUAAGGGAAUAUAAAUAGCAGUUAGGAUGGUUUUUCAGUGAUGCAUUGUGGUAGAAAGAAUCAGUUGAUUGUAUAAAGCAUGCAUUGAUUCAACAAUUACAGGUUAUUCUUGUAAUGUCACAAGAACAUCAUUCUUUCAUGUUGGCUAUUUUGAACUUUACAUGUAUUAUAAGUGUAUUUUUAACAUUCAAAAUAUUUGAACAUCAUCUGUUCAUGAUACUAUGAAAUGAAAGGUAUCAUCUCAACAAACUUUACAAAGUUGUAUAUUUUUAGCAAAGUUAUCAUGGCAUUUAUGUUGCAAAGUUUGUGUGGUUUGUGAUAGAUUAGAUGGAUUUAGGAAGCCAUAAUUUCAUGCCAUGCUCUACCCAUUUUAUUUCUUAAUUCUGAAGUCCUAGUUGAGUUUCCAAAAAAAAAAAAAAAAAAAAAAAAAAUCAGCGGUGUAUGUGUCAUUUUUGUGCCAUCAGCUGAUACUUUCUGUACCCAUGAUGCAUCACAAAUACAACUAUGGUUGUUUUUCUUUAUUAAAAAAAAAAGUGUGAAAAAAUAUGAUGUGGUGGUAAUACAACUUUGAUCUUGUACAGUGAUAACUUGUAAAUCAUGUUAACAUGUAUCAUGUAGUGUGUAGUGAUUAUUAAAAUAUAUCUAAUUGUACUUUUUUGUCUAUGAUAUAUGUUGAAUUAUCUUGUGGACUGGCAUAGAAUAUUUUCACUUUUCAGGGCAGAACAGUAAAUACUCUUGCAGUAUCAAUAAACAUGUUCUGUUAUGCAAGUUAUGGACCUGUUUCUUAAGAAUGGCAUAACUGUCUUCUGCUGGCAUGGUUUUGGCACUGCCGUCUGCUGCUAACCAAGCAGGGGCACUGUCACCUGCUGCUGACCUAGUAGGGACAUUGUCGUCUGCCACUGACUUAGUAGGUCACUACCCUCUGCUGCUGACCCAGUUGUGGCAGUGUCGUCUGCUACAGACCUAGUACAGGCAGUCAUCUGCUGCAGGCCUAGGUAGGGAAAAACUUGGAACUAAUAAAUCCGAGUUUGAAAAUUAGUCUUUCCAUGUACCAAAGAAAAUGUGGGGUUUUUAACCAACAAAAAGUGGAAAUAAAUCUAUGCCCUACCAUAAGCUUGUAUAUAAAUGUAUUGUUAUAUUUCUUGUUUUUAUAGCAUAUUAUUACAUCAAGUUCCAAAGAACAAAACACUUUUACAAGAGUGCUAAAAUUUACGCAGAUAUUUUUCUACCAAGGAAUAAGAUUUUCUUUUAUUCAUCAGUAAUAUUUGAAAUUACAUCUAUGCAGAUGGAAUGAUGAAAAAAGCUAAAACCAUAAUCUUUUUUAUAAAAUUUAAUGCAUAUUAUCAAAUCUGUUAGAAAUAAAUAUGAGCAACUUAUGUUGCUUCCAAAACUAAGAAAAAAAAUCAUCAAUACAUAUUGAUUAUCCAUGAUGAUUGUGUCUUUACUAGGGUUCAUCUGUUGUUACCUUGACUUUAUAACAUGCGGGGGUUUACUGAACAAAAUAAAUGCAUUUAUUUAGAAUAGAAUGUGGAACCAUUAUAACAUUUUUGGUUAUGAAUUUAUAUAUGGUAAAGAUGGGUAAAUAUUAUGAAAGUUAAGUUCUGUUUAUAUUUUGCGAAAUAUUUUUUUUUUCUUUUUCGAGUAAAUGAAAUGCUUAUAUACUGACUGAAAUUUAUAUAUUGCAUAUAAAUUUAUAAAAAAGUGUAAUAUUAUACAUUUACGUAAAAAAAAAAAAUACCAUUUGGUACUGAGGUAUUGCAUGGCUUCUCUGGCCUGUUUAGCUACAAGCGGGUGUAAGUUGUCAUCUCGUAAAACCUCCAGGGUGUGGCAACUUCUAGCGCAUGUAGUACAUGGGUUUGCAACAUGCUACUUUCAUCGUAAAAGAAUCUGACCAGUAGGGUCAGAAGAAAUGUACCAGAAAAGAUGAUCAAGUUUUUGAUAACAAGGAUGUGGUUAGAAAUUAUUCUAAAGUUGAAACUUGAUUCGGACGCAUAAAGCUUUGUUGAUCUUUCCACAUUUAAUAUUUAAAAAGAAAAAAGGCAGUAAUGUUGAUAAUGCCAGAGAAGUUAUGCAGUGCAAAUAAUGCAGUUAUAAAAAUAGAAUUAAGUUAAGGUGGUUCUGCACGUUUGAUAAACCGGAAGUGAUGGUGUAACGCCAUUUUUCCGGAAAACGUAGAAUAAAGACUGGAUUCGGCGUACGGAACAGAAAAUCAUUUUAUGAAUUAAUUGCAACCUGUGAGUAAAUUUAUUACAAUGGCACUGUUGCUAUAUUGUAAAGUCAAAAUAUGAUAUUAAAACAUACCACUUGUUAAUUAAUUCAAAAUAACGUCUUAAAUUAGCGUGAAAUGUCCGGUUUACUUUAAUCAUGGUCACAUAUCUCAAAAAUAAGCACACGGACCUAUAUAUUUUAUUUCAUCAAAUUAUAGGCCACGUUUUUAUUUACAACUGUGAGAAGUUUCAUAAAAAUCUACAUUGUAGAAAAAUUUCUAUCCGUGAAAAUAUUAUGAAAGUUAUGAUUUCCCCAUAGACUCCCAUUAUGAAAUAUUGCGUGAGGUUCCUAUUUUUCAAAUCAGUCUAGCAAAAAAUCAAGCACACGAUCCUAUCUUUUAUAUUUGCUUAAUUUUCUAGGUAUAUUCUGAAGUUUUGAAAAAUCAGUGUUUAAUCAAAUUCUACAUUGUAGAAAUAAUUUCGAUCCAAACGUGCAGAACUACCUUAAAAUGUUUGAAAUUUUUAUGUACCACGCCCACCAUUAAUUUGUUCUUGGAAAUAUUUUUGUCUCAUUGUACAUUAAUACGAGAUGUUUUUGACACACUAACCACCAGAAAGUUUACUGUAAAAGUUACUUACAUCCAAUGAUGUAUAACGUUUUUGACAUAACAUAUCAGUGUAUUUUAUUCUCCCAGAAGUUCCCAGGGGAUAUUUAAUGUAGUGUGUUAGCAUAUUUAGUAUGGAUUACAUACAUAUGUGUGUUUGUAUAUAUAUGUUUAUGGCAUAUGUGUAAGGCAUUUACGUAGACCACCAAAAUAGAUGUUAACAUUUAAUAAUCAGUAAUAGUAGCGUUUUAGGCAAUUUAAAAGACAGCUGAUAGUUUUAGAGCGUAUUGUAUUGGCUUCAUUCAAGAGUGUAAAUAUUUCUAAAAAUCUAAAUUAUUUUUGUAAAUAAUUUAUUUAUUGGAAUUUGUCCCAUAUUCUUAAUACUUUUUGGAUUUAGUAUAUGUUACCUCCCCUGGGAACUUCUGGGCCUAUCAUCACAUCAGAUUAAGAUGUGCAUUUUUAUGUAUUUGAUGUACACAUUUUGUUUUUGAUACAGUAUACUUGAAAAAACUCAGUUCUUACCCAAAGGUGAUAAAUUUAUUUAUGUUAGAUUAGCAAUAAGAAUACAUGCUAACUUUUUGGAGCAUGUUUUUAUGCAAAACCAGUAUAUUAUUUUUAAGUAGCUUAGUUAAACCAACCUUUAUGUGAUCAUUAGUCAUUUUAUAUAGAAGCUAUUCCUCGGCAAAGAAAAAAAAGAUGUAGCACAAAGACCCUUAACAUUUAUUCCAUUAAUAUUUGAACUUUUCCAAGUGGGUAGUUAAAAAUAAUGUGAAUGAAAUUCAUACUUUGCAAUCUUGCGGUGAUUUAUUCAACUUGCGGAAAUGGAAUUUUUGCCACCCUCUGCUUAGAUUUGUAUAUUUGUGUUAUAAUAAGCCUGUGUGGCUUUACAGACAAACACUGAUACUUCUGAUGAAAUGACAUUGAUUCACAUAAAGGUUACAAGCCAUGGAUAAAAAUUUUCAUGUGCCAAAGGGUCCACAGACCGGUGUUACUUUACACGUGCACCGGAGAGGUGAAACAUUGGAAAAUCUAAUAUCUGUCCCGAGGACAUUUAGUUACAGAGGGUGAGAUAAUCCUGAUAAUUUGAUACCAUUCUCUGGUAUCUGGCUGUGUUGGAAGAUACAUUGCAACAGGGCCCAUACACCCAUAGGUAUCCUAGAUGGUGAAUGGGCUUGGUUGCCAUGGAGAUGCUGAGUAGGUAGUUGGUACUGGGGUUAGAGAAUGGAUACAUAUUUAGAAAUAAAGAUAUAUAAACCAAAUCUGCCAUCCUAGAUUUGCGAUUAAAGAUUGUUCUAGACACAUUCAAAGGCUUUUAGGUUUCAUAGACAUAAUGCCAUUGGAUUGAGAAACCUAACAUAUAUGGAUAGAAAAUGUACACCCUAUCAGUAUGUUUCCUCUGUCCCUGAACUAAAUGUCCUUGAGAUAGAGGUUAGAUUUUUGAGGUACUGAUCUGAUUAGUUGGACAUACUGUUGACUAUUAAACAUUUUACUGUAGCGUGUUACGGGAAUAAAUGUCUCAAAUUCUAUGUACCAUGAUUGUUUACUGGGUUAUGUGUUAUUGUAAAUGUCAUACUUUUACUCUGAAUAAAACGUUUGAACUGGUAAAA